GGCGCUUCGACCUACGUCAUCGUCCUUGUGUGGUGUAGUAGUGACACUUGACGCUCAAUUGUCGCCUCAUAAAAGAAUGAGGCGUCAUGCCGUAAACACUCGAGGGCUCGGCGCUGUUGGCAUUGCACGUAGGUAGGAAGGAAACAAAACCUGGCCAAUCCACUCGGCCUGCCAUCUUGUCUGCCAUCUUGUCUGCUACCAAUCGCGGCUUCAAGCCUGCCUGAGAGGGCAUCCGAGACACCGUUGUGGUAGAUAUCCCUAUCCGGCGGCACCAUGAAGCGAGUAUUCGGCGGAAGAGACGACAACGAGGGGGCCUCCGGGGACAGACACUCCGAGUCCCACGACAAUGGACCACCGCCCGACGAGCACACGCGACUACUUCCGAACAGGGUCGACAGCGACAUCAGACCAGGUUAUCUCAGCCCGGACGAUCCAGCCGUGUCUCCAUACAACCUGUUCACGGUCCGGUUCACCAGAUACCUUACUAUAUUCUUCGCCAUCAUCACCUUCCUGUGGUGGGUGCUGCAGCUUGUGUCCAUAUUCGUCUCGCCUCCCGGGCUCUCCACCAGAGGGUCAGGGUUCUUCGGCCUCAGCUACUCCAGCAUCGCCCUGUCCACGUUGAUUGUCACCCUCCUCUUCUUCGCCGCCCCGUCCAAGGCAGCCCGGGUCCUCUCCGCAGUGGCGUCCGUGCUGUUGCUCGUUAACGUAAUCAUCAACGUGUCCGUCCAGAAGACCAGGCAUGAGGAAGCAUGGACAGGCAUUGCGAGCGUUGUCUGGGCCUUCUUGAUGGCGGUCUGGUCGCUAUCUGCCGACCGGAUCGUCCAGUGGGGUAAGAGGGAAGAAGAAGAGCGAUUGACCGGGCGCGAGGAGCCGCGGCGGACACUGCUCGAGUGGACUCAGGUACUGCUCUCGACCAUUGGCUUCGCCGUGCUUGCCGUGGUUGCGCUGCUCCUGACCUUCGCCCUCAUCCUGAGAGCCGUGGAUGCCAAGAUAGCGGCUCCUGGCGAACUCUACUGGGUGGAUGGCGACAAAUAUCAGAUCCAUCUUUAUUGCCGUGGCAACGAAACGGACUCCAAGGGAAAUAAGCUGCCGACCGUGCUCUUCGAGGGCGGAGAGGACCCAGUGGAGGAUGGACUGUGGCAAUUUGCAGACAAUGCUCUGAAGAAUGGGUCCUUUAGCAGAUACUGCUUCUCAGAUCGGCCUGGCUACGCAUGGAGCGACAACGCCCCGUCACCAUUCUCUGCCAGCCAGGCGACGGAGGCUCUGAGCGAAGCGCUCGCCCGUGCCGGCGAGACUGGACCCUGGGUCCUCGCCAGCGCGGGCAUUGGAUCCAUCUACUCGCGUGUGUUCUCCUCGCGGCAUGGCAAGGAAAUCAAGGGUCUUGUCCUGAUUGACCCGCUGCACGAGGACCUUCUUCACCGCAUUGGUACACCCGGAAGAGGCUUCACGCUCUGGUUAAGGGGAGUCAUAUCCCCUCUUGGCCUCGACCGCAUCCCCGGUGCUCUAUUCAACGGCCGCACGAGCGAGGACCGAGUAUACGGAAGAGCCUCUUACCAGACUGGGAAGCAGAUAUUUGCUAAGCUGCAGGAGAGCCUGGUGGCCGACUCCCUGACGAAGCGGGACGUCACAUCGAGCCGGGCCAUCCAAGCACCCGAUGUUCCUCUCGUCAUCAUUAGCUCGGCCAUUAAGGUCCGGACCGACAGCCAGUGGGAGGGCAAACAGCGUGAUCUCACCCAUCUGACCGAGAACUUGCACGAUUGGGAUAUUGUGAACAAGGCCCCGCAUCAGGUAUGGAAAACGUUGGACGGGAGGGAGGUCAUUGAGAAGAGAAUCAGACAGUUGGUUCAAGGGAAGUAAAAGGCUCGGCGAGACCAAUAAUAAGCAGCAGCAACACACUUAUCAGGGACUUGUUUUGGUUGGCAGGAAUGCCACAAGUACACCGGGGUCUGCUAGUUCUUCCGCGAGUGGACUGAGCAGGUAUAGCGAAGGAGUACUGUAUCUACUGUGCAUGCUUGAGUUUUGAGAUUCUGUGCUUCUUCUGUUUUCCCAAAUUGGGCUUCUUCUUGGUUCCUUUGCUUUUCUGAAUUCUUCUUUCAUUUUCGCCUCCAAUUUCUAGUGGUGCAAGCAAGCAGACAAACAAAAUACGUGCCCGACUGGGAGCAUAUUCAUCUA